UCAUUGAACUCCUCUGCAACUCUCAGGAUUACUGUGGUUUUCUUCGUUGUCGGGGCCAGGCCUACAUGCCAGCAACCAUGUCGAAGAGACCUGCCGUUGGUAUUGAUCUUGGCACCACCUACUCUUGUGUGGGUGUUUUCCAGUACAGAAAAGUAGAAAUAAUUGCCAAUGAUCAGGGAAACCGAACCACUCCAAGCUAUGUCGCCUUUACGGACACUGAGCGAUUGAUAGGUGAUGCCACAAAGAAUCAAGUUGCAAUGAACCCCACCAACACGGUUUUUGAUGCCAAACGUCUGAUUGGAUGCAGAUUUGAUGAUGCUGUUUCCCAGUCUGAUAUGAAGCAUUGGCCGUUUAUGGUGGUGAAUGAUGCUGGCAGGCCCAAGGUCCAAGUAGAAUACAAGGGAGAGACAAAAAGCUUCUAUCCAGAGGAGGUAUCCUCUAUGGUUCUGACAAAGAUGAAGGAAAUUGCAGAAGCCUACCUUGGGAAGACUGUUACCAAUGCUGUGGUCACAGUGCCCGCUUACUUUAAUGACUCUCAGCGUCAGGCUACCAAAGAUGCUGGAACUAUUGCUGGUCUCAAUGUACUUAGAAUUAUUAAUGAGCCAACUGCUGCUGCUAUUGCUUACGGCUUAGACAAAAAGGUUGGAGCUGAAAGAAACGUGCUGAUCUUUGACCUGGGAGGUGACACUUUUGAUGUGUCAAUCCUCCCUAUUGAGGAUGGAAUCUUUGAGGUCAAGUCUACAGCCGGAGACGCCCACUUGGGUGGAGAAGAUUUUGAUAACCGAAUGAUCAACCAUUUCAUUGCUGAGUUCAAGUGCAAACAUAAGAAGGACGUAAGUGAGAACAAGAGAGCUGUAAGACGCCUCCGUACUGCUUGUGAGCGUGCUAAGCGUACUCUCUCUUCCAGCACCCCCAGUAUUGAGAUCGAUUCUCUCUAUGAAGGAAUCGAUUUCUAUACCUCCAUUACCCGUGCCCGAUUUGAAGAAUUGAAUGCUGAUCUGUUCCGUGGAACCCUGGACCCCGUAGAGAAGGCCCUUCGAGAUGCCAAACUAGACAAGUAUAACAUUCGCUUCUCAAUGCUGUUGCGGACUGUUGGAUGA